AUGUGGCACACAUUUGUUUUGAGCGCACUCGGCUGUGCAGGUCUCGUUGCGGCGCAUGGGUGGAUUGACAACAUAACUAUAAGCGGUAAUCUGUACACCGGAUUCAACCCAACAGCUGCACCUUGGGUCCCCGAUCAAGGAACAAUAGGGUGGCCAAGCUGGAAUACCGACACAGGGCCAGUCUACAGUAGUGAUGUUUCGAGUCCCGACAUUAUAUGUCAGAAGAAUGCCACCAAUGCAAAAAUCUCUGCCUCUGUCAGUGCCGGAAGCGAUAUUGUUUUGAGGUGGACCACUUGGCCCGACUCGCACCACGGUCCUAUCAUGACAUAUCUUGCUGAUUGCGGUGGAGAUUGUGCGAAAAUAGACAAAACGGAGCUCAAGUGGUUCAAGAUAGCAGAACAGGGCGAGAUAACCGCUGGUUCUGGGAACGGUACCCCAGGGUACUGGGCCUCGGAUGAGAUAAUGAAGAGCAACGCCGCCUGGAAGGUCCAGAUUCCAGCGUCUUUGAAGGCGGGGAGCUACGUGCUGCGCAAUGAGAUCCUUGCCCUACAUUCAGCAUACGAAAUAGGGGCAGCCCAGUUCUAUCCCCAGUGUAUCAACCUUCAAAUAACAGGGUCUGGAACCAGUUCGCCUGACGGCGUUGUUGGCCAGGAGUUAUAUCGCCCCACGGAACCCGGUGUUCACUACAACAUCUAUAAUGAUGAAGCAAAGCCAACCUAUAUCAUGCCCGGGCCUCCACUAUCGAAGAUUAAGUCACAAGAAGGUAUACCAGCACUUGGAAUGCAUCGCACGGCAAGGACAACUGAAAGCUGAAUGUAGCACAAGGGCAGAGUUGGGAUUACAAAUAGGGCAUGGAUUUCAUUGGUCUUACUUUCUAUAUUAAAAGUUGAAAACCC